AGUCAAAGAGGUUUCUUCCCCACCCUUCCGCUUCGUUCCACCCCCAAACCCCAACACUCCCCCACUCCACGCACCAGUAACCCUCUGUCGCUCCUGCCGCCAUGGACGGAUGACGAGCUUGCUUGUCUCAGAGAGAAACCCAAAUCCCCUCCUCGCCCGUACCACACCGUCGGAUUCCCCACUCCGCGAGCUCCCCGUCGACCCCAGUCUCGUCCACACGCAUUGAUCUGCUCUGCUCUCGCUCCAGGGUCACUGCCACCACACGAAAGCGAGGGGGGAAAAGACCAUCCGUCGUCUCCAUGAGCGGCGGCGGUCCGGGGGCGGCGCCGCUUGAGUUCCCCUCCGCGGAGUGGCGCCGCGUCUACGACCGGCUCAUGGGGUUGCUGCCGCAGGUCGAGGAGCUGGCCGCCGACCGCGCGCGCCUGGAGGAAAUCAACAGGCUGUCGGAAGCCCGCGAGAAGAGCCUCCGUGCCCGCCUCCUCCAGGCGGAGGCCAGCAGGGAGAGGUGGAAGGCGGCCUACGCGGAGCUGCCUCCAGGCGCUAAUCCCAAGCUCGCCGAACUUCAAAAGAGGGACUUGGUGGAUUCCGAAGCCUGUGAAGCUCUCUCUGACCCCGAUAACUCUCGACGCAAGCAGGUGACUAGUGAGGAUACUAAUGAGAUGGAUCUUGAACAGUGCACGAUGCAGAUCUUUGUCAAAAUAAACUGUUCAAAUUUUCGCAAAACAAGAAAGAUCCACUGUUUAAAGACUAUCACUCUUGAGGUCAUGGGAUCAGAUACGAUCUAUGAUGUCAAGGAUAAGAUUCGAGACAAGGAGGGCAUCCCUGAAGGCCAGCAGAGACUCAUGUUUGGCAGUGAGCUGCUGAUGGACAGCGGCACCCUGGAGUACUACAACAUCGAGGAAGAGUCCACGCUCACCCUUGACCUUGUCCCCCGAGGGAUGCAUAUCUUUGUCAAGACACUGGCUAACAAGAUCAUGACUAUUGAGGUUGGGGGAGAAGAUAGCAUAUAUAUUGUGAAGGCAAAGGUUUACGAUGAAACCGGCAUUUGCCCAGGCAGACAGCGUCUCAUCUUUGCUGGGAACGAGCUGGAGGAUGGCUGCACCUUGGCUGACUACAACGUGCAAAAUGAAUCUACACUUCAUAUUGUGUUCCGCUUGGCGUGUCAGAGAGAUGGGAUGCACAUUUUUGUCAAGACACUGACUGGCAAGAUCAUGGCUAUUGAUGUUGAGGGAGAAGAUAGUCUAUACAGUGUGAAGGCAAAGAUUUUUGAUGAAACCGGCAUUCCCCCAGGCAGACAGCGGCUCAUCUUUGCUGGGAAGCAGCUGGAGGAUGGGCGCACCUUGGCUGACUACAAUGUGCACAACGAAUGUACCAUUCAUCUUGUGGUGUUUCACGGCCUCACGUGUCAGAGAAGUGGGAUGCACAUGCACAUCAUUAUCAGGGGACUGACUGACAAGAUCAUGACUGCUGUGGCUGAGGGAGAAGAUACCAUAUAUAGUGUGAAGGUAAAGGUUUCCGCUGAAACCGGCGUUCCCCCAGACAGACAGACUCUCAUCUUUGCUGGGAAUGUGCUGGAGGAUGGCCGCACCUUGGCUGACUACGACGUGCAACAUGCAUCUACCCUUCAUGUUGUGUUGCGCGGCGUCACGAGGCAGAGAGGUGGGAUGCGCAUAUUUGUCAGGACGGUGAACGGGAAGGAGGUCAUUGAUCGUGCGUUUAAGCCCAGACAGACCAUCGACGAUAUCAAAGCGUGGAUCUACUCUGAGUUGUGCAUUCUCCCGGACCAUCAGCAGCUCUCUGACCAGGGCGGCGCCCCCCUGGCUGAAGAGAUCUCUUGUUCGUGCACCCUUGUUCUGCAGAUCCGUCCUCCUGGUGGUCAAUGAGAUGGAUGUAAAUCAGUCCUUGGCUGGUGGUGGUGUUAGUGAGAAGUCAGACUCGGUAGAGGUUGAGUUUGAAGUGCUAAUUUAGCAUGCGUGGGGUCAUUUUGGUACAAUGCAGGGUGUAAAAUGAAUGGACAGUUGUAGUUUCUGGGCUGGUAACAAGACUCACUCGCAACCCUGUGUACGUAGGUGGGGUUUCUGUGAAGGUGUAAGCACUUGAUGUCACCGUGAAGCUUAUGGUGUCGUUAGCCUAACAUGUUACUAUGUUGAGUUUGGUAUUAAGGAGAGAAGGAUAUAUGUUCCCUUGAUGCCCAGAAAUUAACUGUUGAUGAGCAUUGUGCUGCUCUGUUUUGCCUAAA